CUCGAGAGGAGAAGGUAACAGUGACUUUCGAACUCGCAAUCUUCGGAAACAAGAAAAAUCCGAGAGGACUUCCGAAUUUUGAACGCCGAGGAGAUGGACAAGAUCGAGAACGGAACCUACAGGCAAAAUGGUUACACGAACGAGUCGUUUCAAAUGGACGAGGCUUGUCCCGAAGCAAAAGUUCACGAGAAGUCGCAAGAGAAGUCCGACUUGCAAACGGAAACUGUGGACCAGAGUGCUCCCAGCAGAGACGAAUGGGGAGGGGGACUACAAUUUUUAAUGGCAUGUAUCGCGACUUCCGUGGGUCUAGGAAACGUUUGGAGAUUUCCGUUCACCGCGUACGAAAACGGGGGUGGCGCCUUUUUGAUACCCUACGUAAUCGUGUUGGUAUUCGUCGGCAAACCGUUUUACCUUUUGGAGGCUCUCCUCGGGCAGUUCACCAAUAAAUCUUGCGUGAAACUGUGGGCCGUGGUGCCGGCUAUGAAAGGUCUGGGGUACGGACAAGCUAUCGCAGCCGCGUGCGUCGUCUCUUACUACUGUUCUCUAAUGGGUUUGACUCUCUUUUACCUCGUCGCUAGUUUCCAGGCCGUACUGCCUUGGUCCUACUGUCAAAGCGACUGGGAAGGUCAGUGCAUCCCUUCGAAGGGCUUGGAAGGUACCAACUCGACUAUCCCGAAUGUCGGCAACAGCACCCUCCGCAGCUCGGCGGAAUUGUAUUUCAGGAAAAUCGUGUUGAACGAAUACAACUCGAUCGAGGACGGAAUCGGUACUCCGUCUUGGCAGCUGGUCAUUUGCCUCUUCAUAAGCUGGGCGACGAUCUUUGCCGUGCUCUGCGGCGGUGUCAGGAGCACGGGAAAGGCAGUCUAUUUCCUUGCACUAUUCCCUUACGUCGUACUGAUCGCUUUGUUAAUUAGAGCGGUCACUUUGGAGGGCGCGGCGGACGGAAUUCUCUUCUUCGUCACGCCGCACUUUGAAAAACUAUGGCAACCGACCGUGUGGUACUCGGCUAUCACACAGUGCUUUUUUUCGUUGUCCGUUUGCUUCGGUCCGAUCCUCACGUAUUCGUCGUACAGCAAUUUCAGGCACAAGCUAAGCAGAGACGUGAUGAUAGUAACUACGUUGGACACGAUCACCAGUCUGAUAGCUGGUUUCACCAGUUUCGGUAUCCUCGGCAAUUUGGCUCACGAGAUGGGCACCAAGGAUAUAUCAACGGUGGUGCGAGGCGGCACCGGUUUGGCGUUCAUCUCCUAUCCGGAAGCGCUGUCGCGAUUCGACGUGAUACCGCAACUUUUUUCCGUUCUGUUCUUCGUGAUGAUGUACGUGCUGGGUACUGGAAGCGCUGUGGCGCUUUGCGGAGCGAUCUUCAGUAUACUUUGCGAUCAUUUUCCAAACGUGAAACACUGGCAGUUGGUCGCCGUCGUUUCUGUCGUCGGAUUCCUCGUCAGUUUGGUCUACAUCACACCCGGCGGCCAAUGGUUCACGACACUGGUCGAUUACUAUGGCGGAACGUUCGUUGCGAUAAUCGUCGGCGUUUUGGAAGUUACCGCGGUCUUCUGGAUCUACGGUCUGACGAACUUCUUGAACGACGUCGAGUUCAUGUUGGGUCAGAGAUCGUCCAUCUAUUGGAGAGUCUGUUGGGCUUUAAUCACUCCGAUACUGAUGAUCAUUAUCUUGGUGUAUACGAUUGCCACUUACGAGUCGCCGACAUACGACGGUGUACAAUUUCCAACAUAUGCUCUCGGAAUCGGAUGGUCCUUACUGGCAGUGGGAAUCGCGGUCAUUGUCGGUUUUAUAAUACAGAAAUGUGUCGAGGUCAGAUCGUCGUCAUUGAUAGAGACUAUCAAAGCAGCUUUCAGACCGGACGAAGAGGAAUGGGGACCGAAAGAUCCGAACAUUCGCUCGAAAUGGAAAGAGUUUGUUGCCGAAAAGAAAUUCCAGCGACAAGGCGGUUUCGUCCAAACGAUUUUCAGAUGAAAUAAAAACUUUUGAAACAG